AUGGCCUUGCUUUCGGCAGACUUUGACCGCUUACAUGACCUUCUUCGACUUGGAGACUCUAAGGACAUGAUUAGAGCAGUUAAAAGCUGGCUAUCUCGGCCUGAAAACAGUAAAUGGCUUCUGGGGUUCGAUAACGCUGAUGAUCUGGACACAGUACCACUUCAUAAGUUUUACCCGGCCGUGCACUGGGGUCGCAUUAUCAUCACCAGUCGUGACCAGGGGGUAAUUGGCAGCAUAGCCGAGAACGGCCAUAUUUUGGGUCCCCUGAGGGAAGGCGAUGCAGUGCAACUACUACUCGAAAAGUCGGGGAUCCAACACCCUACCGAAGCAAGGGAGCGGGAGUCCCCGGGCGCUGCCUCUUUGCUUCUUCUGUUCUCUUUUCUGGAACAGUCUUUGAUUCCGGAAAAUGCUCCUGCAUCGAGGCACUACUCCCCAAAGAAGAUGGAGUGA